AUUUACGCAAUGUAAUUAGUCGAAGUUGCAUCACAUUAAUGCGGCAUCAAGAAUGACAAACUUACUAACGGUUUCUUUUAUUAUCCAAGCAACAACACUUCCCGUAAUUGUCGCUGAUAUUUCUUGCUCUAAUUACCCUACAAUUCCGGAAAAUGGACAUAUAUUUUGCACUAAUGGAACGUCGGUUGGUUCAGAAUGUAUUUUUACAUGCGAGCCUUAUUUCUCUUUGGUAGGACCAAGAAAAAUUGAAUGCGCUCAAAAUUUUUCAGGAACAAAUUGGACCAACUCAACUACCUCGAUUUGCAUAGCCGAUCGCUGCAAACCAAUCAAUGAAACAGUUCCGAACAGAUAUGUUACUUGUACAAGAGAAAACCAAGUGACGUCAGUAUGUCAUUUUAAAUGUCUGCAACAGAAUUAUGCAUUGCAUCCAACGGGGAGCAAGACUAUCAAAUGUAUGAGAAAUAAAGAAUGGAAUGGAGAAAUACCUUGUUGUGCACCUCCCUGUCCUCCUCACAAUGUGAUCGAUGCGUAUGUUUUGCUGGAUUCAUCCGAUUCUGUCGGAGCAAAAGACUGGAUUUUACAGAAAAAGCUUGUCAAGCACAUUUUGGGGCAUUUUUCCUUAUCACCAGAUUCUACAAAAAUUUCUAUGAUGCGUUACAACAGUAUAGUUGACAAGAAAAAUCUGAUUUAUUUGAAUGAUUAUCUAGAAGACAGACAUUCGGAAUUUUGGCAUGCUGUUGAUUUACUACCAUAUGACGGCACGGGUUCAAAUAUUGGCCAAGCAAUUAGGUAUCUCAUUAGCAACAUGAUGUUGCCUGAAGUAGGAAAUCGCCUGAACGUACAAGAUUUAAUUAUCAUUUUUACAUCUGGGAAAUCGGAAGAUAAUUAUCUGAACGCCAUAGCAGCUCUUCAAGCAACCGGAGCCACAGUCUUGAUCAUCGUUGUUUCAAAAUCUAAUUUGUCGAACUUGGAUCUACUACGCCUUUUUCAUCUAUCUAGAAAUACAGCUUUACAAUUGGUGUUUAAAGAAAGUUAUGAAGAAUGUUUAGAUGUAUUAACUGAAGACAAGAUUAACCUUAACCUUUUUUGCUUUAGUUCUUGUUUAGAAAAAAUAGAACUAUAAAAAACGAAGUUUAAGUGAAAUGGUAACAUCAUUAAAUCGAAUAUAGAUCAGAUAUACCCAAACACUUAUAUUUAUAAAACUGAAUGUUGUUAUCUCAGUUACUAUGUGGGUAUAUAAUGAAUAUUGCAAUGUAUUCGUUUUCAACCAAAAAAAGAAAAGUGAAAUAUUUUUAAAAUCAUUGUUUAUUCUUUACGUCACCAACAGAACAAAAAUAGUUGGCAUUUUAAGUUUACUUUGUCUGAUUUGCCGGUCUCUUAAAAAAAAAUCAUUUGUAGUUAUACAGAGUAGAAUAAUCAUCCUCGACUGAAUGUACAAUUAUGAACUUUUUCCAUGGAAGACAUUCUACGCUUUGUAAAUGGGAAAAAGAUGAAAACGCAACAAAUUUCAGACCAUAUUUUCUUAAAAAAACAUAUAUUAUCUUAAAAGUAAUCCGAGGUUGAAUCUAACAUAU